AUGAAUCGAUCAUUGCUCCGUGCGGCUUCACGUCGCCUCCAGUCGGCAAGCCACGUGCACAAUGCACCAACAGCUUCACUCAAUGCGUCGGUGCGUGGUUUCGCGACCGCCUUCAAUUGGGAAGAUCCUCUGGCUGCAUCGGAGCUGUAUACGGAGGAGGAAUUGGCGAUUCAAGACACGGCGCGACAGUAUUGCCAGGAACGCUUGUUACCCCGGGUUCUCGAUGCUUAUCGAAACGAGAACUAUGAUCGCAAAAUACUAGAAGAAAUGGGCGAACUGGGCCUUCUUGGCGCCAGCAUUGAGGGUUAUGGUUGUGCAGGUGCCAGCACUGUUGCAUCGGGUCUGAUCACUAAGGAGGUUGAACGAGUGGAUUCCGGAUACCGAUCAGGGAUGUCUGUGCAGAGCUCGCUAGCGAUGACGGCCAUCUACGAGUUUGGAUCCCAGGAGCUAAAGGAUAGAUUUCUGCCAGGGCUAGCCAAGGGAAAGAUUGCGGGUUGUUUUGGUCUCACGGAACCUAACCAUGGCUCGGACCCUGGUUCUAUGGAAACAGUUGCGCGAGAGCAUCCUACUAAAAAGGGCUAUUAUUCGCUCUCCGGCACGAAGACUUGGAUUACUAACUCCCCCAUCUCCGACAUUUUGAUAGUAUGGGCCAAGCUGGAGAGCACAGGCAAGAUCCGCGGGUUUGUGGUGGAACGUGACCAAUGCCCUCCCGGCACCUUGGAGACUCCGGCCAUCAAAAAUAAGACCGCCUUACGGGCGUCUAUCACCGGUAUGAUUCAAAUGGAUGACUGUCCGGUUCCAAAGGAGAAUAUGUUCCCCGAUGUUGAAGGCCUCACUGGACCUUUCACCUGUCUUAACAGUGCCCGACUAGGUAUCGCCUUUGGUGCCAUGGGGGCUCUUGAAGACUGCCUUAGCCGUGCCCGGACCUAUGCCUUAGAGCGGAAGCAAUUCAAGGGCAACCCACUGGCGAAGUAUCAAUUAAUCCAGAAGAAGUUGGCGGAUGCUGCCACAGAUGCUGCUUAUGGAACGCUAGCAGCAACCCAGGUUGCUAGGCUCAAGGACGAAGGCAAAUCUACCCCUGAAAUGAUCUCCAUGAUUAAAAGACAAAACUGUGACCGGGCCCUGGCCAACUCUCGGAUACUUCAAGAAGUCUUCGGCGGAAAUGCGACCAGCGACGAAUACCAUAUCGGCCGGCACGUAGCCAACCUGUUUGUAGUGCAGACAUACGAAGGACAGAGCGACAUUCACUCAUUGAUUCUGGGGCGCGCCAUCACUGGAGUCCAGGCGUUUGUUUAG